AUGGAUCCUGAUGAGAUCAUGCAGCUGAUAGUCCCCAGACUCAACCACAGCGGUCCCUUUAAAUGCCAAUGGAAGGAUUGCCAGUACAGCGGCCACUUUUCUCGCAAGGCGGUUCUGCUCCGGCAUAUCGAGGCCAUGCAUAUCAACCCCGGAGCCUAUGAUUGUCCCGAGCCUAACUGCUUCCGAUCUUUUAAUCGGAAAGAUAAUUUGAUGGCUCACUCAAGAAAUGUGCACCGAGAUGGCGGUCAGGUUAGUGCCAGUUAG